CCAUUCUACCUCCCGUCUGCUGCCUUCACGCACCGGGCGGGGUACCCUUUUCGGAGACCUGUCCAGGUUCAACUCAGUAAUGACUCGGAUCAGUUCGACCCUAAACAUGUUGUUCCUCUCCUAACCGUUGUCAUCAACCACGAGCCGGACGAGAUCAUCUUUCGAGAGGCGUACGCCGCCGUUACCGAGUCCACGCCUCCUCCUCGCCCCCAAACCCAUGCUCUCCAAACUCCAUAUACACAUAGCACUAGUAGCAUCGUCAACUCAUCCGAACACCGACAAAAUAUAGAUGACGUGCUGAAGGGAGAGCUCGGGGCGAUCUACAUUGGGGUUCUAGAAUUCCGCGAGGUGGUGUUUGGGAAGGUACAAGGUCUAAAAGAGAAUGCCGAGGCCAUAUUUCAAAAAUGCCAGGAAGGCGAAGAUCCGCUAUAUCACCAGGAAACGGGCUGGCGUGAUUGGCCCAGAGGCGCUCAAGAGAAGGAUGUUCUGAAGUGGUUUGUCAAGCGAGUUGAGAACUUCCUGGACUUCGCAAAGGACCAUACCUCAUUUCCCAAAACUCCACGAAGACCAUUGACCCGGCCGGACCAACCUCUGGAGGGCUCCAUAGCCGAGCGCAAGCUGGAUAUUGGUUUGUUGAUGCCCUGA